CUCUCCUCGCGUGCUCUUCUGUCAACCCAGCACUGGUCGACGCUGCUGCACUCGAGUGCGAUUCAAGAUGAACGCAACCGCUGCCUUCGCCGCCACCACGGCGGAUCCCACUUACUGGGGCCAAUUCGAUGCCAUCUCGCAGUACAAUGUCCACCUGAAUAUCUUCGAGCGUCUUUGGGCCGCCUGGUAUGCGUACAUGCAGAACGAUGUCUUGGCCACCGGUAUCAUGUCCUUUGUCAUGCACGAGGUUGUCUACUUUGGUCGCUCUCUGCCUUGGAUCAUCAUCGACAGCAUUCCCUACUUCCACAAGUACAAGCUUCAGCAGGCCAAGGUACCCACUGCUGCCGACCAGUGGAAGUGCGCCAAGCUGGUCCUCUUCAGUCACUUUACGGUUGAGCUUCCUCAGAUCUGGCUCUUCCACCCCAUGGCCGUCUACUUUGGCAUGCAAUUCGGUGUUCCUUUCCCCUCGCUCCUGACCAUGGCCUACCAGAUUGCCAUCUUCUUCGUCAUGGAGGAUACCUGGCACUACUGGUUCCACCGCGCUUUCCAUUGGGGUCCGUUGUACAAGUAUGUGCACAAGAUUCACCACCAGUACUCGGCUCCCUUUGGACUUGCCGCCGAAUACGCCUCGCCCAUUGAGGUCAUGUUCCUCGGUCUCGGAACGGUUGGCUCGCCCAUUCUGUGGUGCGCGGUGAGCAACGGCAACCUGCACAUCCUGACCAUGUACCUCUGGAUCACCCUCCGUCUAUUUCAGGCCAUUGACUCGCACUCGGGCUAUGACUUCCCCUGGUCGCUGCACCACUUUUUGCCCAUCUGGGCCGGUGCCCACCACCACGAUGUCCACCACGAAAAGUUCAUUGGCAACUACGCCAGCAGCUUCCGCUGGUGGGACUACUUCCUCGACACCGAGUCCGGUCCCGAGGCUGCCAAGCGCCGCCGGGAGCGCAAGAUUACAAAGGAGGCCAAGAAGACGCAGUAAAUGCGUGCAAAUCCUUCUUUCCACUGCUCAGUGGGGCCCGGGGGUCCAGGGUCCAACGACAGCUGCCGCCGCGCCGGGCAGGUCAGACGUUGAAUUUUUCAUUCUUCGUCGAGAUGAUUUAUUUUUCGGCCUCGAGUUACGACCCACAAGAAUGCAACGUUCUAGGAAUAUUUGACUGUAUGAACCAUUCCUGAUGCAGAAUGAUGGCCGCACUCGUAUGCCAGUGUUUCAAUUGAGCGGAGCGCGGCAUGCAAGAGUGCCAUUUCAUUUUCCGUUUUCACUUGUUCAGCCUAGACUAGAUGCCGGUUGGCUUUUUUCUUUUUUAUCUUUUUUUUCCCCACCUUAUAUUUAUUUUUGAUGUCCCUGUCGUUUUCACAAACGACUGACACUACAGGUCGACGAUCCACAUUCAUUGAUUGAUUCAAUGGGAUCAAUGACCAAUUUGCACG